UCAUCAUUCCAAUCUUAGCCUCAAUAUAAUAUCUUUCAGAAUAUUUUCUCUCCCCUUUACCAAAGAAGAAACAAUGUCUCUACAAAGACGCUUCAUCCCAUUUCUCAUCGUCUUUCUGCUUUCUUUCCCAUGCUACUACGGUUUGCAAGGGAACCCACCUUACGAUUAUCUUGACGACGCAUAUGCCUAUGAUUCUUCCCGGGCGUAUGAGAGCUGGCCAUGGCGCAAAUUUGGAAGUAAAAUCAUGGGCUCUAAGAGGAUUGAUAAAGUGGGUAGAUCUUUGGCUUCAGUUAAAACGGUUAGCGUGAAUGAUUAUGGAGCUAAAGGUGAUGGAAGUGAUGCCACAGAGGCAUUCAAGAAAGCUUGGGAGGCAGCUUGUUCAUCUCAAGGAUCUGUCCUAGUGGUGCCCAAAAACAAGAACUAUCUCCUUAAGCCAAUUACAUUUGAAGGUCCUUGCAAAUCCAGUAUUACAGUGCAGAUAUAUGGAACUGUCCAGGCAUCUGCUGAUCGAUCCGCCUACAGUAACGAUAUGACCCGCUGGCUUGUCUUUGAAAAUGUCCAAAACUUAGCGGUUCAAGGUGGUGGAACCAUCAAUGGAAAUGGGAAGACAUGGUGGGAGAAAUCUUGCAAAGUGAACGAUGAUCUUCCUUGCAAGGAUGCACCUACGGCCUUAACCUUCUAUAACUGCAAGAACUUGGUAGUGAAGAACCUCAAGAUCCAAAAUGCCCAGCAAAUGCAUGUUUCUUUUGAAAAAUGCGUGGGUGUUCAAGCUUCGGGUCUCACUGUAACUGCACCAGGGGACAGCCCCAACACUGAUGGAAUCCAUGUGACUGACACCCAAAAUAUCCAGAUUUCAAGCUCAGUUAUAGGAACAGGUGACGACUGUAUUUCAAUUGUGAGUGGAACCCAGAACUUGCAAGCCACUGGUAUCACCUGUGGACCAGGCCAUGGAAUCAGUAUUGGAAGCUUAGGAUCUGGAAACUCAGAGGCUCACGUUUCAGAUAUUACAGUGAAGGGGGCAACCCUUUCGGGAACCACAAAUGGAGUUAGAAUCAAGACAUGGCCGGGAGGGUCUGGGAGCGCAAGCAAUAUCAAAUUCCAAAACAUCGAAAUGCAUAAUGUAAAGAACCCUAUAAUAAUAGACCAAAAGUACUGUGACGGGGACAAACCAUGCAAAUCACAGAGCCGGGCGGUUCAAGUGCAAAAUGUGCUGUACCAGAACAUCAAAGGAACAAGUUCUUCAAGUGAGGCUAUACAACUUGAUUGCAGCGACAAGUUUCCAUGUCAGGGGAUUGUGCUGCAAGUCAUUGAUAUAGAAAUUGGAGGAGGAAAAGCCGCCCAAGCUGUGUGCAACAAUGCCAAAGUGACUGAAAAAGGAGAUGUGUCUCCAAGUUGCACUUGAGAAUUGCAUGGAACUAGGGUUAUUUGUUCUGAUCACACACUUAUUGGUGUUUAUACGUAUAUACUCAUUAUUGAAAAGUAAUAUUGAGUAUGUCAUAUUAAUUUGUUUAUGAUAGAAUAAGACCAUUUAUUAUUUGAAUGUUGCCCAACACACAAUACUAUCUAUCAAUACAAUGGAGUUGAUGUUCUCUUAUUGUUUAUCAUCAAUAAAAUGACCAUUUGUUUGUUAUUAA